CAAUAUUCGAGUAGUAGCCACAUUUCACUUUCAUCUAUACAGAUUCUGAUUCGUUCGUUUGAAUCAGUAAUCGCGCAUCUCGUCUCGUCGGAGAAGAAUGUCGCUUAUGGAUAAUCUGUUAGGUAUCCUCCGCGUUCGUGUCCAACGCGGUGUCAACCUCGCCGUACGUGAUGUUUCCAGCAGCGAUCCUUACGUCGUCCUCAAGCUAGGUCGUCAGAAACUCAAAACCAAAGUGGUGAAGCAAAACGUAAACCCACAAUGGCAAGAAGAUUUGUCAUUCACAGUAACCGACCCUAAUCUCCCGCUUACUCUGAUUGUGUACGAUCACGACUUCUUCAGCAAAGACGACAAAAUGGGAGACGCAGAGAUCGAUUUGAAACCGUACAUCGAAGCCUUACGAAUGGAACUCUCCGGUUUACCAGACGGAACCAUCAUAUCGACCAUCGGUCCAAGCCGUGGCAACUGCUUAGCCGAGGAAAGCUACAUCCGUUGGAUCAACGAUCGAAUCGUUCAGCACAUUUGUCUCCGACUCCGUAACGUCGAGCGUGGUGAAGUUGAGAUUGAACUCCAAUGGAUUGAUCUUCCCGGUUCUAAAGGCUUGUAAACAAUUUUCGAAAGUUACCUUAUUGGGCUUUUUAAACUUAUUUAUUGGGAUAAGCCCAUUAUAUAAAUAUAAUAUGAGGCCUAUGAUCCGAUUGGAUUCGGUCUGGAGUUAUUUUUCACAAAUAAACAUUUGAAAUAUUUAUGAACAUUAUGAUAUUGAAGUAUGAAUGUGUGUGUGAAACCAUUGGGUUUGUGUCUGCCCAAGGCGGCACGAAUUUUAGUGAUUGAUGUUUAGUUUGAAGGAAUCGUGAG